AAAGACAGAACAGUGGAAGGAAUCGCAGGGAAUCCACAUGAUGAGCCGAUGAUGAAGUCAAAUGCAGACAUCGAUCCAUGGACGACGAUUCAACAAUUGUUAGUUGCACUCCAGGAGACCAGGAGGCCGGCCACACUUUGACAUGCAUACAAUAUAUAUGGAAAUAAUCCUGGCCGGAUGCUAUAAAUUCCGGCACCUUGCUUCGUUCUCAGCACACGGUGACAGCCUCCUCUAGCUAGCUAGCUCGACGCCUUCGUUCCUCGUCGGCGUGGACGCUGCCUCAGCCAAAAAAUUCUCCGAUUGAUUGAUUGGCUCUCUCUUAGCUUCCUCAUCCUCGUCCUCCUCUAUGGCAGUGGAAGGAAUGGUGUGGUGCCCAAACAACACGUGGGAUCGUCAGCUCCGGCAGCCGGACGACGAUGCCUCGCCGGGGGAGAAGGAGCGCCCGCAUGCCUUCAUCGGGGUGCGCCCGCGGCCGUGGGGCACGUUCGCCGCCGAGAUCCGGGACUCCACGCGCAGGGGCGCCCGCGUGUGGCUCGGCACAUUCGACACCCCGGAAGCCGCCGCGCUCGCCUACGACCAGGCCGCCUUCUCCGCGCGCGGCGCCGCCGCCAUCCUCAACUUCCCCGUGGAGCGCGUGCGGGAGUCGCUGGGGCCGCUCGCGCUCACCGGAGGCGCAGGGGGCUCCCCCGUCCUCGCGCUGAAGCGGCGGCACUCCAAGCGCAGGCACAGGCAGCGCAAAAAGCUCUCCCGGUCUGUUGUGACCACCACCACCAGCAAGGAUCUGAUCAGCAAGCAGCAGCGGCAGCCGCCACGCCAUUGCUCCGACGUGCCAAGCUUGUCUUCGGGCGUAGUAGCCAUGGCGGUGCCGCAGCAUCAUGCUGUGACGGUGCGCUGCGGCGUUCUGGAGCUCGAGGACCUCGGCACUGAUUACUUGGACGAGCUCCUCCGGGCAUCAUGCGAGCUGACUGCAGGUUGAUCAAAUCAUGAUGUGGUCUGCACGGGUUAAAUAUUUCAAGAUAAAUAAAUAAUUGAAAGAGACAUCCACAUGCAAUUCUACACCUUUACACCAAACUAAUUACUUGGACGUAUGAUUUUUUUUUACUAAACGUGAUUCAGUAAUAUAGAUAUUCGAUUCAAUAAUUUCU